AUGCAAAGAGACAGAAAGAUGUUUGGUGCUGUUGGCCCCAAUCAAAGAGCUGCCGGAAACAAAAAGGAUAAAGUGCUGGUUCCGAGAAGCAGCAGCCCUGUCACUGUGUACGUGGAGCUCCCCUGCAUCAUUGAGCAAGCUUUUUCAACAAUUGCGUGGGACGAUUUGGAAGACUGCGCGUCUAUGGUGAGACCGAAGAGCAAUUCCCUCGACUCUCAGGUAAUUGAAUCUGAAGCAGAUGAUCAAGACUUUGGAGAUUAUGCGCUGGAUUUCAUGGCAGAUUCUCCUUCCACUCUGGAGAGCAGUCUGUCUCCAGCUGAACUGGUACCAUUUCAGGGAUGUGUUAUACCUCCACUCACCCCUCAGAGGUACCUCUCCACAGAGGAAAGUCUGGUGCACUCCUCCACAGAAGGAGGAAUCCAGGAUGGAGCUCUCUGGAAGGGAAUAGCACAGUGGCAAGAGAGGGCUUGUGGAGAGUCCAUGGAGGUUAACAAUCAGCUCCAGGAGACUCUGCAUAGAAAACAGGAAGAGAUCGACUCACUUCAGAACAGAAAUCUUCACCUCAGACAGCUGGCCAGUCGUGCAAAGCACCUUGCCUCAGUGCUCGAAAAACUGUUGACAGUCAGGGACAACAAUAUAAUUGAGUCAGUGAUGCCUCGUGGGGACAGUACUUCCCUCAGUCCCUGUAAGAGGCAGCGUCUCGACGAGGGAUACGAAACUGAGUCCACUGGCUCAGUUGAGGACAUGCUGAGAGACAUUAGCACACGUUGCAACGCUGUGCUGCACAGCUCUGCCAAAGGAACAGAACCACAUGAGGAAUCAAAGACCAUUCGCAUGUACGGUGCAUUCUCAGGUCUACAGACUUUUUUUUCCAAAGAAUGCAGUCUGAAGGAGGACGGAGCAGAGCAUGAAGAGAGCGUCUCAUCUUUCAGGACUUCUAUCAGAGAACACAGCACCAUCAGGACUCAGGUGCUUCCUCAUGGACGAGCCUUCACCUCGACGACACAGCAAGGGGGAUAUCGCUUCCGCUGGGUUCCCAACCUCAGCUGAAACCAGGAGUAACACAUGAAGAACUGGUUCUCUAAUUAGGGAUAUAAAAGUGCCAUACAUUUUUUUUUUACAGACUGAAAGAAGUGUGGGUGGCCCCUGUGACUGUUAAUGCUUAACUGAUAAUCUA